AUGCCUCCCGCCACAGCUCUAUCGAAAAGAGCCCUACCGUCGAAAGAGGCAACGCUAUUCAAGGAACUGCUGAAUUUAUAUGAAACCAGACAGCUUAAGAAGGGAAGUAAGACGGCUGAUCAGAUACUCAAAAAAUUCCCUGAGCAUGGAGAGACCCUGUGCAUGAAAGGGCUUAUUCAAACGCAUUUGGGAAAACGUGAAGAGGGUCUCGAACUCGUCAAAAAGGGCAUCCGGCUCGAUCUCACCUCGCAUAUCUGCUGGCACGUCUUUGGCCUGAUCCAAAAGGGAGAGAAAAACUAUGAGGAAGCUCUAAAAUCUUAUACUCAGGCCUUAAGGUUUGAUAAGGAGAAUCUUAAUAUCUUGCGGGAUGCAGCGCAUUUGCAGACGCAAUUAAGAAUAUACGACGGCCUUGUUGAAACUCGCCAUACGCUUCUCAGACUCCGACCUGCGCUCCGUCAAAACUGGAUCGGCUUGGCUAUCGCCUACCAUCUGAACGGAAAUAUCGCUGAGGCGUUGAAGGUGGUGGAGCAAUACGAGGCAAUCCUAAAGAAUGUUCCAGAUUAUGACGUAGAACACUCUGAAGUUCUUCUAUAUCAUAUCCGGCUGCUUGAGGAUCUGGGCCAAAUUAAUGAGGCCUUAACCUUGUUGGACGUGAAUGCCAAAUCAAGAGCUAUCCUAGACCGUAUAGCGAUCAUGGAAUUUCGGGCACGGCUUAUGUCAAAACUUCAUUUGGACGACGCCGAACAUACCUGGCAGGCCCUUAUUGAGCAAAAUCCGGAUUGUCAUGAUUACUACAAAGGCUUCCUGUUGAAUCGGGGUAUCGAUCUUGAUGCAGUCACGGAUGAGACCCGUAGUCAAGCUCUGCAGUGUUUGCGAGAUUUUUCUGCACAAAUGCCCAAAGCAGGUGCUCCUCUCCGGCUGGCCCUCAACAUUGCGCAAGGCGAACAGUUCAAAGAGCUCGUCGAGCCUUACCUUCUUGCGGGUCUUGAGAAGGGUGUUCCAUCCCUAUUUGCCGAUGUCAAAGCGCUUUAUCGAGAUGAGCACAAACGACGAAUCAUCGAGGAUAUCGUAGAGUCAUACCGGGAAAAAUGCGCAGCUGUGACACCAGUGCCAGCAGAUCCUAUUUCAGUGGAUCCAACGGCAUAUCUUUGGACAUUGUAUUUCCUCGCGCAGCACCACUCGUCAUUGUCCCGACAUACACGAUCACUAGAACUGAUAGACAUCGCAGUAACGCACACUCCAACACUCCCUGAACUCUACAUGUUUAAAGGUCGUGUUCUUAAACGAUGUGGAGAUCCAUACGGCGCGGCUCGAUGUAUGGACGAGGCACGCGUCUUGGAUCUUCAGGAUCGCUUUUUGAACACGAAAUGUGCAAAAUAUAGACUGCGAGCAGGAUAUAUUGAUCAAGCUGUCGAGAUUCUCGGAUUGUUCACAAAGAAAGAUGCAUCAAGCCCAAGUGCUGAUCUUGAGGACAUGCAAUCACUGCUAUAUCUCACUGAAGACGCCGACGGUCAGCUACGAAGAGGGAACUUGGGUUUGGCACUGAAGAGGUACACUGCUGUACAAAAGGUAUUCGACGAACUCGAAGACGACCAAUUUGAUUUCCACGGCUACUCGCUCCGCAAAUUUACCCUCAAUGUUUAUUUAGACCUUAUUACAUGGGAAGACCAGUUGAGAUCACAUCCAGUAUACAUUCAUGCUGCCAUUUCUGUGUCACAGAUAUACGUUCGCUUGCAUGAUGAUCCUUCGCUGGGAACCUCUUCGGUCACCGCAGGUCUCACAGACGCGGAGAAGAAGGCUAAGAAGAAGGCUAAGAAAGCUGCGCAAAAAGUCCAAGAGGACUCCAAAAAGGGCGCCACAGCAACUUCCGCGAAUGAAGACAAGGGUCUAGAGCCGGGUCCCGCUAAGGACGACGAUCUGGAUGGAACUAAAUUGCUGCAGGCCCAAGAUGGUCUUGAGAAAGCAGCCAAGAUGCUGGCGCCGUUGAGCACGUUGGCAAAAGACAACGUCGAUGCGUGGAUAGCCACCUAUGAUGUGGCUGUGCGGCGUAAGAAAUACCUGCAAGCUGUGAAGGCGCUAAACAGCGCAAAGGCAUUGAGCCCUGAACACCCUGAAUUGCAUGUUCGAUUGGCGCACUUCCAGAAGACGAUGUCAUCAGCCCCCCAGCCACCACCAGAGCCAGUUGGAUCAGUCGUCUCAAAUGCAUUGGCGAGGCUACUUCCGGUAGAACUCUCCCUGGAAUUGUUCAAUGCACAGUACCUGCAGCGACAUUCUAUCGAUGCUGCUUCAAUUCUUGCUGCUGCCAAGGUUUCGCGCAUCCUGCCUGUCCCACGAGAAGAAAUUGAAAGUACGGUUUUCGGUAUCUUGAAUCCUGAUGUGAGACCAGAUAUCAAGACUGCCUCUCAAGCAGUCGCAUUCCUGCAAGAGAUACGAUCUCCCCGCACGGACGAGUUCAAAGUGGCUUGCGAUGCAAGGUUCGAGUUGUCGACAAUAUUCAAGUCUCCAAGUGAGAUAGCAGCUCUGCCAUGGAAGGCCGCGGAGGUUGACGUAGCCGCGGACACGCAAGGGAAGACAGAGAUGCUGGGUUAG